UCCAUGCCCCAUAGUACUACCCCAUCCUCCAGCCGUCCGGAGGGCCAUAGAUCCCACACCACCACUUAACCUCAAAGCAUCAUCGUCAUCGUCAACCUUAUCUCAGUCGACACCAAAAGGGAGAUCUAUCCUGUGAUUUUUCUGCCUCAAGAACCACUUUUGAUCCAUCGAUCGAUCACUAGCACAUAAGCAGGCAUAUAUGGAGGGAGGCCAGCUGGGUGCUUGCCUUCCUAGCUUCCUCGUGCCGGAUCACUACGCCUACGCCUUCCCUCUUCCUCUUCCACUUCAACUACCGAGCCAACCAAACAAACUUCUCCAGAUGCCGUUUGACCAGGAAGAGGCUGAGAACCAUGGCGUGAUGCUCUCCUCCGACCAUUGUGGGCUAUACCAGCUGCCGGCACUGCCGUUGGGCUGCUCUGGCGCCGCCUCAGCCGCCUGCGGUGGGAAGCCUACGGCGGGUUUCAUGCCUAGUACUAUUAGCGCUGAUGAGGUCUGCACCUCGCUGACGAAAGGUUGCAACCAGAUCAGUACCAGCACAUGGUGGAAGGGCUCGGCUACCAUGGCGGAGAGAGGGAAGAUGAAGGUGAGGAGGAAGAUGAGGGAGCCGAGGUUCUGUUUCCAGACUAGAAGCGGCGUGGAUGUGCUGGAUGAUGGCUACAAGUGGAGGAAGUACGGGCAGAAGGUUGUCAAGAACAGCCUCCAUCCGAGGAGCUACUUCCGGUGCACGCACAGCAACUGCCGCGUGAAGAAGCGGGUGGAGCGGCUGUCGACGGACUGCCGCAUGGUGAUGACCACGUACGAGGGCCGCCACACGCACUCCCCCUGCAGCGACGACGCCUCCUCCGGCGACCACACCGACUGCUUCAGCUCCUUCUGAACCUAUACACCAUCCGCCGCCGGCAGUCAAAAGUCGAUCAGAAGCAGCCAGAUCGAGCGCAUUGCAUGCUUGGCUGAAGGAUAGUAGUUACUAGUUAGUAGUUGUGAACCACGCUGAAGGACGGAACAGAAAGAUAUAAAAACAAGCAAGUGCGUGUGCUAGCUUGGCUGAAACUGGAAUAUAAUAAUGGAGAUGCUGACGAUCUACGUAUA